CUUAAAGAAUGGCAUAGUUAAAUGUAAAUGGAACUUGUUAAUUUAAGCAUGAUAUGUCUGAAACUGUCCAUAGGUAGUUCUAAUACUUAUUGUUAAACAAAUCAAAGUUAACUGGAAAUUUGACAUUAUUAUUUUCUUGUUUCCAAAUGCAGAGAUGAUAAUGCCGCUCAAAGAAGAAGCAUAGCAUACCAAAAAGAAUUUAUAUUGCUGUAAUGAAGGAAGGAUUGUUUCUACUUACGCUUGCUUGUUGCUGUUUCAUCUGUUGCGACUGCAUCAAUAUCACCGCUGGGGUUGGCUAUGCAUACAAUAGGACGUUGUAUGUUGUCAACAACAGUGUUACCUGGUAUGAAGCUUUCACAGGAUGUCAAUCUAAAGGAAUGAAAAUCGUCGAAGCUAGAUCGUCAGUAAUGAGGAAGUAUCUAGCAUUAGGAUUAGAAAAACAUGGAUGGCAGUCGGGUCGAUUUUGGCUUGGCAGUAUCAAACCAGAACUCCAAACAGACAUGUAUUCAGCAAAGACUUGCAGUGUUAUGGAUUGGAAUUAUGGAUUACCUAUUGAAAUGACAAAUUCAACACAGUGCUUGUUUAUAGACGUUACAGGAACUGGAACAAUUGAGUUUUCAGACUGUCUUCUCAAGUAUCCGUUUUUAUGUACUACCGGAAAGUUAAUUCAAAAGGAAACAUAUGAUUCCGUUGAUAUAACAGAAAUAAGUGUACCUGCUCGUCUUUCAAUGCGACCCAUGAUAUACAAUUUCACAAAAGAGGAUUGUGAGAGUUGGUGUUUAUCAUUGUUUAGCUGUGUGUAUUGUACUUUUGAGGAAAAUAACUGCACAUUCUGGACAGAUACGACUUAUGAUGUAGAUGUUUCACAUGAUUUGAGUUUAAGUUUCGGAUCAAUAUCAAAUAGUUCAACUUACAUCAAGACUGCAAACAGAGUGCACUGGAUACUUGUUGAAGAGGAGACAGUAUACAACAACACAUUCAAUUGUGAAUUUUCUUUUACGGUGCAGAAUACUACAGAACAAAUCACUGGUGUUUCUUCGUUUUCACUGAACACAACAGAACAAUCAACUAGUGUGUUUUCAUCUCCACUGCAACACACAACAGAAGAACCAACCAGUGUUUCUUCGUUUUCACUGAACACAACAGAACAAUCAACUAGUGUGUUUUCAUCUCCACUGCAACACACAACAGAAGAACCAACCAACCUGACAGUAUGUGAGUUUUGUCCUCCAGCUGAAAAAUGCAAUGCAACUAGUAUUUCAGCAAAUAUAACUUUAGAAGUUGCUUUAGAAAUUGCAGAAGACCUCAGAAAGAACUUGACCGUAGACAAGACAUCCUUAUCGUCGUACCGUCGUCGACUAAAAUGUGCAGAUGAUAGUAGACCGUCAUCUAAAGUUUUCGGUGGUUUUGCUUUAGUUGUAUUAGUUAGUCUGUUGGUGAUAGCUAUUGUGUUAGACUGUCCAACGCUUACACGCCAUUUACGUCUUUGUAAUGUCAAAAAGAAGAAAUAUAAAGAUCUGGAAAAAGAUUAAAAUUCUGAUAAAUUGUUUCCAUUUCAAUGAAUGUAUAUGUUUAUUAUUAUACGUUUAGAAAAUGCAACACGAGUUUUAGUGUCGAUUUAUACCGGCCAUUCUACACAAGAUUAGUUUCAUUUCAUGUGAGUUAAAUGUUAUAAUUGCAUGGUCUUUUUAAGAAAAAAAGGUGCUAUAAUUCACGUCAUUAAGGGUUUCUGCUAGCACAUAGUCAACAAGUCAACAAAUAGUCAACAAGAUGUACAAAAAGUGUUCAAAUAAAAGAUUAUAUUUUUUAUAUCAUUUUUCAUGUAUGAACAAAGGAAGAUUUGUUCAAAAUUGUGUACGUAUUGGUUCAUGUUGUUCACAAUCCACAUUUAGGAAA